AUGGCAUCAGAAUUCCAUCUAUUCACCUCUCUCCCAACAGAGAUACGGCUAAAGGUCUGGGAGCAUGCCUUGCGGCCGUAUAGCCCUUCUCGCCCCGGCGCUCACUUCUUCUCGGUGACGAACUUCAAAGAGGAUGGCGACCAGCUUGCAAGACUUAGAGCUCCGUGCGUCCUGGGCUCCCGCUGUAAACUCAACCACGGCCAUACUUACUACCUUGCCGCACCAAAGUUUGGUAUCAGUCAUUCUUGGACCAACAACAAUCCGUCUGCCUAUCUUUGGGAUUUUGGUAUGUGGAGCGCAUGCAGCGAAUCUAGAGAAAUUAUCGAAGACCAUUAUAAGACGGAAUACUGGGCGGCAAAACUUCUGGAAGACAGCAAAUGCGAUUAUCCUCCCAAGCCUGAUGCCGAUGCUUGCGUCCCGUUCAUAUUCCCGCGGAGCAACGAAGAUUGGCGCUUUGCCAUACGUCCAAAUCGAGAUCUUAUAUGCUUCCAACCACUCAAUCCGCUUACUAUAGGAUACCAUAGAAAGGGUACCUAUCUCACGGAAGAUAUUUCUAUGGUAAAUCCCACAACGGGUUUACGUGAUGUUAAAAACAUGGCGUUUGAGUUUGAUUCGAGCUGGUGCGACGAUCUUAAGGUGGUGUCUUGUCCUCAAGAUUUCCGUGCUUACUUUGAGGAGAAAAGUCCUCGAGGUCUCUUCAUUCGCCUUUUUCUGGAAUUAGACGCUUGUGGCGAACGAUAUGAUCCAAUUUGGCUCAUCGAUUACGGCCUCAAACAAGACCCUCCGAAACGCGACCUUGGAGAAGAUCGUCCUCGUAUACCUUGGCCUUAUCAAAGGACAUUCUUUGCAAAUGAUCGAAAAUUCGUCCAAGUUGGUCGAUUUUACACAGACGAGUAUAAGUCUACCGAAAGAUGGUCUGCACUUGACUUCUUGGAAGAACUCAGUGAUAUGCUUGGAGGUGUUUCGCCCGGUCAUGCGUUCCACCAUUAUGAGGGAAAGUUUAGCUGGGAUGGCUCUUGCCCAAUUUGCGAAGAAAAUGCAAGGACGGGGAUUUGGUACGACAUUCGCAGUGACAUUGAAGUUCUGGUGCUUCUGCAAAAGGACGCAAUAGAAAUCAUACCUGCGGCUUAG